CCCAUUUAAAGGAACGGCCAAGCUCUGCCAUCUACCCAUCAGACAGUCUUCGCCAGUCACUACUCGGGUCCCGUCGUGGGCGGUCUUCUCUCUUACUUUCCAAGAGCGUCUCCACCAAUAACAUUGCAGGUUUAAUGACUCUAAAUGAUGACUCUCCUCUGGGGCUGCGCAGGAUCUUGUCUCAAUCCACAGACUCACUCAACUUCAGGAGCAGAACCAUGUCCAUGGAGUCACUCAAUGAUGAGG